AUGAGUCGUAGUACUGGUUUUCUCUUAGCUGGGCUUCCGAAUGUUUUCGUCCGACUCCUUUUCAGUCUGGAAGACCCUGCUGGGAAAAUGCCAAUAAUAUCAACAUUUCUGUUGUUUUUGCUUCCGUGGACUCGUUCAGAAGCGGAAGAUAUAACAUUCCUUUAUUUGGAAAUAUCUAUGGAAUUGAUCGAAGCCAUGAAGGACACCGAUGCAGACGAAGGUGAACUGCAUCAGGCCGGUAUUUCUAUGAUAUUGGCGAAGAACAUCGUCUACUACGGCGAAGAUCAACAAGAACUGCAAAAACUCUACGAUGUAUAUUUGCUGAACAAGAGCGACAUCGUUAAGAACGCAUUCAUUGACAACUAUGUGCACAAAAAAAGACUCGAGUAUGUAAGAGAGCGCGUAGACAGAAAUCUAGCCUAUUUCUUAACCCAUGACCAAAUUAAUAAGGUUAAGAAUGUUGUAGAAGAAAAAUUUGAAGCAGCUACAUCGUCUGAAAACCUCAUACACGCUGUGAAGGAUGAGUUGGCCAAGCAAUUGUCUCUUCCAGUGAAGAAGAGCGAGCAUCAUCUUCGCCUUAUUCUCAUCAGAGCUCGAAGCAGAACACUGAAGGAGGCAGAAACAUCUUUGCGCCUUCCAAGAGCGCCAAAAGGACAUCACAUUGAAGAACUCGAACAAAUGGAUCGUGAACCACCACCAUUUAUCGACGUCGCUACAACUCUUCGUAGUUGUGCAUGCGGUUACCUGAUUGUGUUAGCAAUCUAUCUAAACACGCUUCUUGUCGGCGGGUACGGUGGAAAGGAAGGAAAAAUCGACGCUUUCGCUAUUUUCACGUUACAAAGAACAACUGACACAGACAACGAAGAUGGCGCGAACGGUUAUUUCCGUAACCUUUCAACCGUUCAAAAGUCUUCUCACUUUCGUUUUCGUGGAGCUCCUUUAUUGGUAACAAUGACAAGAAACAGAACAUUGAAAUCGGCACGAAUGUCGAUACGUCUGCCACGAGCGCCGAAGGGACAUCAUAUUGAAGAACUCGAUCAAAUGGAGAAAUUCUUAGCCGAAGACGAUGAGCAAGGGAAGUAA